UCUCUGUUCUCCAGGAUGAAUGUACUUCAGUGGCCAGUGAAGGGUACAAUGGAUGACAGCAGCAGCAGUGGUGCCACAAGCAGCAGCGGUGGUGCCACAAGCAGCAGCGGUGGUGCCACAAGCAGCAGCGACCACUGGUGGUCAAGCAACAAGGUGACCCCAGGCGACCUCUGUCAGUACGCUGAGUCGUGGAGUCUGGCCGCUGACGCCGCCACUGCUACGCUACUCCAGAGCAUUUCACAGAGAUUAGUGUCACGAACGCAUGAGGUUGAGGGAGCAUUGAAGAGAGUGUUGGAGGAGAGUGAUAGAGUCUUCACCACCAUCUCCAACACCAACAAUGCCUUCCACAUGUUGGCCAACACACAGUUCAUUGAGAACAGGACAUACCAAGAUGAAGAUGUUGUCGUUGCUGCAGAGACGACGCCAAGCGUGCCUGAGAGUGCAGGAAGUGAGGACGACGUGAUAGAGAGAUGUAGACAAGCAAUUACGGAUGGAUUGGAGCUGGUCGGACGGUGCUACGAGCUGCAUGAAAUACAAGACUCGGAUUCUGACGACGAGGAUGACAGUCCCGCCAGUACAGUUGCUGUGUACACUGUGAUGGACCCCUAUGAGAGUAAGGCGCUGCCCUUUAUCAUCGGUUCCUCGGCCUUUAUGGCUGAUGACAAGGUUGGCCUGCACGAUGUCUCAUCCAGUGAGGAAAACUCCAAGAACACGUUGAGUCCGGAUGAGACAGCCAGCGAGGACGAGGUCGAGGGCGACGACGAAGGUAGUCUGAAGAGUAAGCCCAUUCCUGCUUGGAGCUCAAAAAUGAUGGAUGAGGAGAGUGAUUCUGAUUGGUCAGAGGAGGAGGAAGCGACCCGUCCAAUAGCAUCCGUCCUUCCAGCUGUCAAUCGGAAACCUCGGCUGCUGCUGUCCGAUGAUGACGACCAUGACCAAGACUUUUUCACGACCACCACAACAGCCAAACUGACAGCCAGGCAGACAGACUGUCAGCCAGACAGACUGUCAGACAGACAAACUGACAGCCAGACAGAAAAGCCAUCAGCCAGACAAACUGAUAGCCAGAGAGAGGACCUGACAGCCAGACAUACACCAUGCACUUGCUGUCAGACUACCUGCGUGGGGUCUACCUGCGCUAUCAGCACUACCUGCUCACCAGCGGCGACAUCCUCCUUGAUUUUGACAUCUGUGUUGCAGUCAUCUGUUGCGUCCUCUUCCUUGGUGCCUGGGUCGGCACCUUCUUCAGGAGGACAGCACGACAUGCUUGACCACCCCUCGUUUGUCGCCGUCACUGCUGUCGUUCUGUUGUUAUCCUGGCUCGUAGUGACCUGGCUGCAACAGCAGAAGCAGACAGUAACAGCAGAUGAUGACAGCAAUAAGACAGGUUUGUGUUCUGAGGAGGAUGAGGACGACCUGUUUAGAGGUGGGCCACAACACCUUCCUGCCCACCACCACCCACCACCACCACCACUACUGCUGCCUUCCAAUAACACUACAAAAGAGAGGUCCAAGUUGUCAGCUGGAGUGGAGAAUGUGAGAGCUAGGCCUGAGCCAGGUAGGCCUACCCGGCCGGCUGUCAGUCGACCCCAGAGGAAUGGCAUCAGCCUCUUUGUCAGCGAUGACGACGAUGACGAUGACCUGUUCUCCAGUAAGCUGACGUCAACAGGUAAAUCGAAACUGCCAAGCAGUGGAGCCAAACGCCGCUUUGAUGAAGCAAGCGCCAGUGCCGACAUCUCCAGUGAUGAUGAGACGGCGCCACCUCAGCCCAGCGCCAGGAAGGUUCCCGCUGGUGGUGUUAAUGUCUUCGGUACUGCCGUUACAUCUGCCAUCCGCCGAGCACCAUCAUCGGAUUCAGAAGCCUCGGAUGGAGGGUGGUCACCGGAGCGCAGCAGUGCUGGGUCUUUGUCGUCCGCUGGCAAGUCCAAAUCCCGGGCUGCGCCAGGACCGGUCGCCAAGGUGGCAGACACAGGGAAAUUGUCCGGCGGAGGUGGCUUGUUUGAUGACGAUGAUGAUGAAGAUGACCUGUUUGGCAGCAUCGCCACAAAAUCCCAUGCAGGUCAUGCCACGGUUGUCAGCCAAACAAACCGUAAUUCAGACAUGACUUCUGCCGUAACUAAAUCAUUCGGUAACGAAUCUGGUGCUGGAACGACCAACACAGCAAAAUCCGACAGACUCUUUUCUGAUGAUGAUGACCCAUUUGGGACACCAGUUUAUGACAAGCAUGUUGUCCCAGCACCAGCUUUACCUGCUAGCAAACUACCCAACACGACUAGUUCAACUAGUAAGACGCUAGACGAGGGAAGUUACAAGUCAUCACCGAUUGUCAUUUCCUCUGCUCCCAAAACCACAAGCGAUUCACUCUUUGGCUCCCUCAGCGAUGACGACUUGUUCGCACCAUCCGGCACAAUCAUGGCGGCUAACUCUUCGGUGUUUGCCUCAGAGCCGCCGCCUCUUCCGCCACAAGACACGACUUCCAGUAAUGACAAAUCUGCUCCACUGACUUUAGGUUCCACCAACGACAGAUCUGCUCCACUGACCUCAGCAAAGGCACCGAAACCCCUUCCCAGUACCCUAUUUGGGUCGUCCUCAGAUGACGAUGACCUAUUUUCACCCAUGUCCAAGCCAGUCCAUGCAGGUCCCCGUGUAGUUCAGAAGAGCAGAGGUCAAGAAGGAUUUCCACAAGCUAAAGAGGAUCAAAGAACAAACCUGGAGAGCCCCUUACCCGAGGAUAGGAUCCCACACGGCAUUAAUUCCCAGAAAUUAGACACAAAUAGAGGAAUAUUGGGCACUUCCACUGAGAAUUUAGGGAAAUUAGACACAAAUGCAGGAAUAUUGGGUACUUCCACUGAGAAUUUAGAGAAAUUGAACACAGAUAGAGGAAUAUUGGGCUCUUCCACUGAGGAUUUGUUUAAUACCAGUUCCAGAACUGCAGGCGACCUCCCAGUGCCUUCAAAUUCUCAAACACUGAUGGAAAGGCCAGGUUUGUCAGCAUCACUAGAUGAUGACGACAUAUUCUCCGGCAUCUCACCACUGCCCACAGCCAGCCAGGUCAUUGGCAGUGACGGACAGAGCACAAAUAUAUUCGUCUUGGAUGAUGAGGAUGAUAUAUUCGCGAUUGACGUACCGGGAGAACAGUCUGCUGUUUCUGCUGAAUCGAAUAUAUUCCAAACCUCAAAAAUUAAUAUAUUCCAAGAUAUGAAGGAUGAUGAGGAUAUAUUUAAGGACACAAAGAAGGAAGGCAGUAUAUUUGUAGACACAAAGAAGGAAGGCAGUAUAUUUGAAGACACAAAGAAGGGAGGCAGUAUAUUUGAAGACACAAAGAAGGAAGACAGUAUAUUUGUAGACACAAAGAAGGAAGGCAGUAUAUUUGAAGACACAAAGAAGGAAGACAGUAUAUUUGAAGACACAAAGAAGGAAGACAGUAUAUUUGAAGACACAAAGAAGGAAGACAGUAUAUUUGAAGACACAAAGAAGGAAGACAGUAUAUUUGAAGACACAAAGAAGGAAGACAGUAUAUUUGAAGACACAAAGAAGGAAGACAGUAUAUUUGAAGACACAAAGAAGGAAGACAGUAUAUUUGAAGACACAAAGAAGGAAGACAGUAUAUUUGAAGACACAAAGAAGGAAGACAGUAUAUUUGAAGACACAAAGAAGGAAGACAGUAUAUAUGAAGCACAAAGAAGGAAGACAAACAAACAGACUCAACAGAAGGACUUAGCUCCUACAACAGACACAACAACAGAUGAACCAAGGGAGACUAAAGAAACUUCCUCUGUUAUAAACAGGGAUGCCUCCUUCUCCACACUACCUGUUGACUCUGAGGCUUCAGUUGCUCCACCAGCCUCUGGAAAGGUUUCUCCUGUGGGAGAGAAACCAGCAAAACCAGUUACAAAACCCACAGUUCUUGAUACCACUGAGGUUUCUCCUGUGGGAGAGAAACCAGCAAAACCAGCUACAAAACCCACAGUACUUGGUACCACUGAGGUUUCUCCUGUGGGAGAGAAACCAGCAAAACCAGCUACAAAACCCACAGUACUUGGUACCACUGAGGUUUCUCCUGUGGGAGAGAAACCAGCAAAACCAGCUACAAAACCCACAGUACUUGGUACCACUGAGGUUUCUCCUGUGGGAGAGAAACCAGCAAAACCAGCUACAAAACCCACAGUACUUGAUACCACUGAGGUUUCUCCUGUGGGAGAGAAACCAGCAAAACCAACUACAAAACCCACAGUACUUGGUACCACUGAGGUUUCUCCUGUGGAGAGAGAAACUACACAAAACCAGCUACAAAACCCACAGUACUAUGGAACACAACUGAGGUUUCUCCUGCGGGAGAGAAACCAGCAAAACCAACUACAAAACCCACAAGAACCAGCAAAACAGGUUAAAAAAACCUUGGGCGGCGUGUCGCUCUUUGGAGGAGCGGAUUUAUUCACUCACCUCAACCAGAGUAAAUCAUUUUUGAGCACAGAGGGAGAUGGUGGGGAGGGGAGCGAGGCAGAGGCCAGAGGUCGAUCUGGCAGAGCAGACAUCGGCAAUGGCAAGAAUGACAACCUGUUCAGCAGCAGUCCGCUGCCUCUUUCAACUGAGGCCAGAGGGUCUGUAAAAGUGGUUGAAGAUGAGACAAAUAGAGAGAGUGAUGCUCGGUCAUCGGCACAUACAAGCACACAAGAUAAAGCUGGUGGCCAACUUGGCAGAGAAAUUGGGGUUUCCAGUGAACAAGGACAACAGACAAAGCCUCGGAAGAAGCCUCCCGUUGGCGGGGUGUCAAUGUUCAGCAGUGGCAGUAGUGGCUUGGGGGGGGGGGGGGGUGAGCUCUUCUCUAGGGUCCAGCAGAGGAAGAGCAUGCUGGCACCGGAGAGUGACAGCAGUGACAACAGUGAUGGCAGCCCUCCCAAGGAUGUUCCACAAGCAUUGCCUACCAGGCAAAUGACCGCGGCAGUGUCGUCGCACCCAAACAUUGCUCCGACGAGUCCGCUGUCACCACUAUCCCCAGUCUUUACCCCAGGACUGAUCUACCCCAAGACUGGAGGCCGAGAAAGUGGCGUGAGCUUCGACGAGCCGGCCACAACAACCACGACACUACAGAGCUUGAAUAAGGGACGAACCAGAGGAGUGCAGAAGCGACGCCCACCAAGCCGGGCACAUCGGAGGAGCGGAUUGGUCCAGAGUGACGAUUUCGAUGUGUUGGCGACCUCCCCGGUCAGAGAUCCGGCGUCACCAGUAGUCGCGCCAGAUUUCCUGCACGAACGACCACCAGAAGCAAAUAUCUUGAAGGGAUUACCAGUCAACUCUUCAAAUUCCUCAACAGAAAAGAUCACUGGUGCUAAUUCCAUUUUUACUGAUACUGAUAUACCAGAUGCACUUAGCAAUGGUACACUUGUUGAAGCCAGAAACAUCGUUGCAACUACAGAUAGAGUACCUCCUACCAUGCAAGCAGAUGUUGCAAACGACAUAUUUCACAUCAGUUCAAUUGUUGAAGCUAAAAACAGUACUUCAAACACAGAAAGAGCACCUUCUACCAAGGUCACAGAUGGCAAGAACACCGUGACCUCAAAGGAGAGUGACAACAAGGAUGACGAUGACCUUUUUGGUCGAACCAGAGGUGCCUCAAGUGCAUCCGGGAAGAUUGUAAGCAAAGGCACCAGAGGUUCUCUCUUCUGGGGUGAUGAGAGUGAUGACGACGACCUCUUCGGUGAGGCCAGGCGCCAACCCACAUCGUCCAAGGUUGCAGCAAGCCAGUCCACUGGUAAACUUGGCUCUGCUAAGCCUCCUAACAAGCCACUAUCAACCCACACCUUUGAUGAUGACAGAGGUAAAUUCCACCAGUAGGCCUAUUAAUAUUGUUCA